UUGUGUGGCUCCCACCUCGCAAAUCGCGAUCUUCCCCUUUCUUCUAGUCCGGGUCGCCCGCUCCUCGACCCGGCUAGAGAGGCCGGGGCCGUCGAAGGUCCGGAUCCGAGAGAUCCCGAUGAGCAUGGAGGCGGCGGGCGGCGCCGCGGAGGAGCGGUGGGCGUCGCUGUGCAACUGUGUGGUCAACUUCCUGUUGGAGGAGAAGUACCACCUCACGGCGCUCGAGCUGCUGCAGGAGCUGCAGGAGGACGGCCGACACGCGCAGGCACUCCGCCUCCGCUCCUUCUUCUCCGACCCUGCCUUCUUCCCGCCUGACCUGGUCGCCCGCGCCUCCUCCGCACCUCCCGGUGCCGAUCCACAGAAUUUGCUAGAAGAGAAAAUAGCAGCAGAAGAAAAGUUGGCACUCGCUGAGUAUGAUCUCCGACUAGCCAAGGAAGACCUUUCAUGCUUGAAGCUUGAGUUACAAAAGCAACAACAAUCAUCACCUGAUGACACAAAUGGUUCGUCUCUUUGAAGCAUGACUUUUGACU